CAGAUCAGCAAAGCAUCUGACGCCCGUUGUUGAAUGUCGGUUGCAAACUACAAGCGAACCGUGCAGGCACAGCCGCUCGUGCCAAACAGCGCCUCGAACGCCGCCGUGCUUGCCCCACAUGUGCGAUCAGUCGCGCGCACACAAGUCUUUGCCCCGUCUUCAUCGGCAAGCAGCAGCACUGAUCCCGCAACGAGCACGACGGCGGCGUCCGAAGCAGCAGCCAGCGCAAGCACAACGUCGUCGGGCGUCGCCGACUUGCCCGUCAACCAUGUGCGCAUCACUCCUCAUGGCAGCAUGAAGGGGUUUAUCAGCUACGCGCUGCGGCAACUCGAGGAAACGGAGGCCACAGAGAUUGUCCUCCAUGCAAUUGGUGCAGCUGUCAAUCGGGGCAUUUCAGUCGCUGAGAUUGUCAAACGAAAGUAUCCUGGACUUCAUCAAAAUACGCAAAUCUUCUACACCAAGACGGUUGAGGUGUGGGAGCCGACAGUGCCAGGCCUUGACAAGUUGAAAGCGAGCCGCAACCAGCCGACCAUUCAAAUUGUAUUGUCAAAGGCUCCGCUUGAUCCCAGCGCUCCUGGCUAUCAAGCCCCGCUGUGAAGCAGCACACGCACAAGUAGGGCCCCAGAUCAAAUGCAUUUCACACGCAGCAUUCCCAUUUGGAUUGUACGCACCUCCAACACGCUCAUGAUCGAAGCCAGAUCUUUGCGUGAUUGUGCGCUCUUUGGUUUGGGUUUUGUCUUGCACCUCGUUAACAGCCAUGAAGUUAAUAUCCGCCCCACGGCAUCCUUUGUCUUUGUCUCUUUGUCGUUGUAUUUGUUUUCCAGUUCCAUCAAUACAUCCUUUGC